CACCCGUUCCUCGUGUUCUAAAUCACAUAUAGCAAGAGUUCUAAAUUUUAGAACGUCACUUAUAUGUGAGCCGGAUGAUCACCUGAGCAAUCUGACCUGAUGCUCUGAGGGUGAAGGAGCCUGAUCGCAGGUAGGAUCUAGUAAGGUCUUUUUCAAUUUUGUCAAAAUGGCUGCAAGAAAUUAUGAUGUUUUGACCGAUGAGCAAAAGCGUGUGUUAAAGUCUUUUUACGACGAUGGAAUGAACUCCACAGCGAAGGACAAGCGAGAAUUAAUCGUGAAAGCUUCUGAUCAGGCGGGAACCAGUUACGAAAAGGUUAAGGUAUGCGAAUAAGCAAGGAAAAAUUUAUACGAAAUAUAUAUAAAUAUUUAUAGCAAAUUUUCAACGAGGAAUCAAUGACGAUUAUUUUAGUUAUUAUUAAUUACUCACGUGAAGAAAUGUUCGAAAAGUAAAGUUGAUAAUUAGACGUUAAACGAUUCAAAGUAUUACUUGACAGGAACGGUGCAAGAGCACCCUUUCUUUUUACUAUUUCAUUAUAUUUGCAUAGAAUACGUCGUACACGUGCGACUUCCUUGUGCUCAUCAAUAAUGAAAUAUUGAAAUUUCAAUAUCAAUAUGGCUGACCAUACAUCACCACCAUAAUUGCAAUAACCUGUAUGGCUAAAAAAUGACCUGUUUAAACUUUCUCAACGUUUUGUAGCAUUGAAAAUAAUAAUUAUAAAGUGUUGUGAUCUGAGUCUUGUGAUCAGUACCAUCUGUACUCCAUGUAGUGUAAAAUACAGUAUAUUGUCAAUUGGUAUCUGUGAUGUUCAUUUUGCCCCAAAGUCAUUUUAGCUCCUACAGUAUUACAGUAACUGUUACUGAAAGUUGUUUCUGUGUUUGAUUGUUGAGGUACAUGUUUUGAAUGAGUAUGCAGGGUGAUACGUUGUACAACUUUAUGUUGGAAGUGAGAUAACUGUGAGUUGGGAGUGAAUUAUUGGGGAAGUGAUGCAGAAUGUUUGUAUAAAAUCUGCUGAAUGUUUGUAAUAUUAGUAUAUUGCAGUUAUUAUCAUUUUAUGUUUUAAUGAAACCUAUUUAUACUUAUUUGUUGAAGAAAUGGAUUGGAAAUGAGCGAAGAAAACGAACAUUAGCUGAACAGAUGCAGGAUGAAAAUUUGUCAGAAAGUGUUGAUGUGAAAGGUCCUCCCAUGAAGCGCAUGUCUUCAGGUUACAACAUAUUUACAUCAAAAAUGCUGAGUUCAGGUACAAGAUACUAUUAUAAUUAUAAUUUUCCUAAUAGAUGCUCAAUAACUUAUUUUAACACAUGUUUAAGAUGGUUUAUUCACAGUUGGUUUGUGUACAACAACCCGUGCCAGUUACUGUAUAUCCCUGUUCUGCCAUUUUCAACUGGUUAAUUGAAAUCUGCCCAGGCACGGUCAGAUCAGGCAGGUCUUCCACCUCUAGGAGUAAUUGUCUGCACUUAAACAGGGCAUGCUAAUCAUAAAUCACAUGAAAGGAAAUGUUCAAAAUGAGUAAACUAUUUACAGUGUAAUACAAGAAGAAUGAAUUUCAAUAUUUCAAGCAAAGGCCCUUCAUCAACUAGUAGAACCACAGUACAGUAGUUCUAAUACUUGUUGAUGAAAAGCCUUUGUUAAAAAUGUUGCAAUUGGUUCUUGUCGUCACAAAAUGUUGAUAAUAAAAUUUCAAUUAACCCAAGGGGUAUUUCAUACUUUUACCAAAUAUUACCAGUUUAAUUUACCCAGUUUAUUCCAGCAUGACAGAAAAUGGGGUAUUUAACCGAUGUUGAGAUUGAGAGUUAAUUAAUAAUCAAAAAUGAAUUAGUGAAAAACUAUUGUUGAGUGGAAAGAUUUGGCAACCACCUAUUAUAAGAUUUGUAAUAAAUAUGAUGUAAUUAAUGCUGUACACUACAUGUAGGUACUGUAAUAUGAUAUGUUUUUGCAAAUUGCUUGAUCUCAAGUGCUGCAACUUAGCUGACCUCACUAGGUAAAGCUAUUAAAAAAUGCUAGUGAGGUCAGCUAAGUACAGUAGAGUAUUCCAAUGUCAAGUUGACAUUUAAUAUGCAAUGGAUGUUUUUAUGAUUGCAUUUAUAUUGUAGAUGCUUGUAAAGAAAUUGAUUCUAAGGCAGAAAAAAUGAGCUAUGUUGCUUCAAAGUGGAAAUCACUAAGUGAUAGUGAAUGUGUUAUGUGGAAGAAUGAGGCUAAGAAAUUGCAAAGGAUCAAGCCUUCAAUGCUAACGGAAGAAGAUAAAAAAAAGCAAAUCGCAAAAGGAAAAAAAAAUCUAAUGAACGAGGUAUACUGUAUAAAAGCAUGUUCCUAUUACAGCAUAUAUAUAGCUUAAAUUUUUGGUUCAACGAAACACAAACAGUGCUCAAUACCACAUAGAUAGAGCGAAAUAUAGUUUUUCAUUUUACCUCAAAAAACCACAACAGUCUGUUUCAUCCGUAUAUAUAUAUAUAUCGUAUAUAUAUCGUAUAUAAAAGUGACAAGUAAGUCAUAUCUCGAAUACGCAUGCGUACUACAUGUUGUAGUUUUGAAGCAGCGUAAAGAGCAAUGAACGGACUAUGACUUUAGUGUGUCCUGCUCACAUUAGCAGCUGUGGACAGCUGUUUCGCCCUGUUGGGGCUCAUCAGCACACUUAUAUUCUGGGGGCUUAUAUUCAGGGGGGGCUUACAGCUGUGCUGAUGGGCGAAAUAGCUGUCCACAGCUGCUAAUGUGAGCAGGACACACUAAAGUCAUGUGCAUUCAUGGCUCUGCACGCUGCUUCCAAACAACGACAUGUAGUACGCAUGCGUAUUCGAGUUAUGACUUACUGUACUUGUCUCUUUUAUAAUACUUUUUGUGUGUCCCACAUCCGCAUCCUAACUUGUCCCUAUAUAUAUAUAUAUAUAUAUAUAUAUAUAUAUAUAUAUAUAUAUAUAUAUAUAUAUAUAUAUAUAUAUAUACAUAUAGUCUUCCAUCCGUCCUGACUGUGUACAGUAGCACAGAUGGUAGCGCAUCGAUCUAGUAAUUAAGUCGAUCUAGUAAUCUAGCAUCGAUCUAGUAAUCGAUCUAGUAAGUAAGGUCAUAUAUUUAACAGGGUGCGAUAAUUUGUGUACCAACGUACCGGAGAUACGCCAAACUUAUGGUCUUGUACUUCUUUGUUUUUAGGCAAGUACCACGUAGGCACGCGGAAAUUUGCUAUUCGCGUACUUACAUUUUCCUUCUAGCAAUAACUAGCAAACCUGCCAAAGUAUUCAAAAGCAUGAAGAACUUUAGCUGUACAUGUAAAUUCCACGCAUCCGACAUAUUUUGGGAUAAAAAAGCCAAAAGGUUAUAUGUAUAUUCUUUCCCAUUUAAUAGCUUUCUUAUCUUGAAAGCCUUGGGUGUGAAUUGGCAGUUGUCAUGGUAGAACCAGAUAAUGGCAUAGUCAAACAAUAUGGGUCACAUAAUGGAUGCAAGUUCCUUUCACAAAAUCAAGCAAUAUCAUUGAAGUUUGCAGAAUUCUUUGGUACUGUAUGACCAGUUUUUAUGCCAUAGCAACAUACUGUAACUGAACAAAAACAUAAACAGUAACCUUUGUUGAGUUUCCAAACCUUCUCACUCUACUAACUAUGCUGACACUUACUAAAUAUAUAACAUGUAUAUUACAGUAUAAUGUAAAUAAAUUACAUUAGCCUAAUGUGUAUAUUUGUAUACAUACAUUUUAGAUUGCCCAACAAACCAAAGCACCAACUACACCCGUGCAGAUGUACAAGCUCUGUUCAACAAGAAAUACAGUGAGUAUUUUUUAUAUAACAGUUAAUGCAUUAACCAUUUGCAGCGCGCCCGAUGCAUUAACCAUUUGCAGCGCGCCCGAAAGCACCCUACUUUAUUCUUUUACUCUGUCUAACACGAGAUGAUUUUACUCUGUCUAACACGAGAUGAUUUUACUCAUCAAGGGGAGAGUCUAGCACUCUAAUGGGUUAAAGAAUAUACCUGUAGGAAUUAUGCAUCGAUCAUUAAAGACCAUGUAAAGUCCGUUCUGCGCAUAUGUUCUGUGCAGGCUUACAUUCCAAUGGUCGGGACCCGACCGUUGGAAUGUUAUUAAUAUUUCAUAUCUUUUGAACUUUCUUGAAUUGAAUCUCUAGUCUGUAUUCAUUUAAAACCAUAGCGAACCAGAAGAAUGUUAAAAAUUCAGUAUAAUAUAUAUCUAAUCAUAUUUUACAAAUGUAGCACUGAGUUCAAAAUGCAAACAAAGCGUUUGUUUACAUUACGGACUUUACAUUACGGACUUUACAGGACAUUGGCAACCAAAAUUUUUAUUGCUUCAUCUGAAAGGGCAUGAAAAAAUAAGCCGGUUGGCCGUUUAAUGCUCUAUUCUAUCUCAUCUAGUUCCGAAGUUAUACGCAAAAAUGUGCAAAAUAUAAAUUGCUGAUUCAGCACAUCGUGUGACGUCAUUAGUUGAGUAAGCAUGUUUAUUGAAUAGUAAACUGAAGCAUAGCUCAGUUAUUAUGGGCCCAAAUCAAAUGAAAUUUUGCAUACUGAUUGUAAAUGAUGAGACGCAUUAAAAUACGCUCCUAAUUUUAUUGCCAAGGUAACAAUGUCGUUCCCAGGCCCCUUGCGCCAAUUUUAUAAGACAGCUUUAUUCAUGGUACUGAUAAGGUUAAAAUAAUAUCAGAAGUAUGUGUACCAUACCUAUGCAUGCCAAAUGUUUACUUGCAUGAUAAUAAUUCGAAAAUGACAUACACAUAGAUGAAUGCAACUAGUUAUUCAAAAUCAGUGUAAGGGGCCUGGGAACGACUGUGUUGCCUUGACAACAAAAUUAGAAGUAUUUUCCCAUGUGUCUCAUCAUGUACUAUCUGUAUGCAAAAUUUCAUUUGAUUUGAGCCAAUAAUAACUUUGCUAUGCUUUAGUUUACUAUUCAAUUAACGUACUUACCCAACUAAUGACGUCACACGUUGUGCUGAAUCAACAAUUUAUAUUCUGCACAUUUUUGCGUAUAACUUCGGAACUAGAUGAGAUAGAAUAGGGCAUUAAACGGCCAACCGGCUUAUAUUUUCAUGCUCUUUCAGAUGAAGCAAUAAAAAUUUUGGUUGCCAAUGUCCUUUAAGCAAAUUAUUAAAUUUGUUCGUUCACUGCAACCAGGUAUACCAAUCAUGUUUCGCUCGCUACACUGGUUUAAAUAAAUGAUUGCAAAGCCCAGUAAAAAUGUAAUCAAGACCCAAUUCAUUACAAUUCGCCUGGGCUUUGUAAUCAUUUAUUUAAACCAGAGUAGCAAGCGAAACAUGAAAGCAAAUUAUUAUUAAGCACACCUAAAAGUCAGAGUAUUAAUUAACUACCUUUUAUGGCUAGAAUGUAGACAAACUAAAUUUGAAAAUACAUGCAGGGGAGAAUACAUUCGAAAAGGAUGUAUUGGACGAUUGGUUGAUUUCUUUAACGUUGGGGAUAAAAUAUUUCAACUUUAUUUACCCUGGCAUGGUAAGGCCAGCUAGACUAUUUGAAUUAUCAAAAGUCUGGGAAUUGAGGAUCGAAUUUGCCGCACCUGACAUUGUAUAUUACGUUACCCAUCAAGUGUACGUUCUAAUGAGCGACUGUUAAAUUGUUUUGAAAUCUUACAUUUUUAGACUGUCAAUGAUCUUGUUGUGUUUAUCACUUUAUGUUACUUGUAGGUGAUGCUGUUGGUAUACCUGGGUGCAGAGUACCGUAUAUCAAAGGAGGUUUCACUGUUACAGGCCUUCCUAAGGGCAUACAAGUAAAAAAGCCAAGCAGCUAUGGGGUGGACCAAAUUAAGGCAAUAAUGGCUCACCAGGAAAACAUUGUUUUUUGCCUUACUCCGAAGGAUAACUCUUGCAAUGCUCAAGUUACUAACAGCAUUGUAAUUUCUGAGGAUGCCCGCCAUGCUCUGAGCAAAGUUGUGGAUGAAGACAGGGUUGAUGAAGUGGUGGCUGGCAAAGCAAUAUUGGAGGAGAGUGAUGUAGAGGUUACUGAUAUACAACUCAGUGACUAUGAAUUUCUGCUGCUAACUUCGGAAUGCAAGAAGCACUUUACUGAAGAUGCAUGGAAGUCUUUGAAUGGAAACUUUGAAAGCUGCCGUGAUCAUGAGGGAUAUGUUCUGCCAGUGUAUACCGAGUCAAAGGAUCCAUACUGGCUCUUUUAUUUUCCUGGAAAAAACUCUGAACUGCAGAAUCUAGAGCCAGGUACCAAAAUCAGUGGACACUGGCUUAAUCUAAUGGAACAAUUCAAAUAUGAACUAUUAUAUUCAAAGAACAGAAUGAGCAUUGAUGCAGUCAGUAUCAUCAGUAACAGUGGUGAAGAAAAGAAUUUAUUUUUGAGACAAGCAAUCGCAUUACGGAACAAAAAUGUUAUAACAGUGCCGGAAUCAUUCCACAAGCGUGUUCUUGCUUGCUUGGAAACACAGGGAUUUUUAUAGACAAGACGGUUCUGUCAAUCGUACCUUACGCAGUAAAAUCUUGCGUAUAAGAUCAUACAUGUAGAUCAGACAAUUCAGAGACAAUUCAGAGAUGUUAUAAAUGAAACGUCAGCGGAGUGUAAUGAAGACUCAUGAUUGCCAUGCUUCUUUGACAUUGCUAAAAUUUGCAUGGUGUAACAUGGCCUUUAGAAAACCCAUUAUUAGGAGUUUAAUAAAGCAUCUAAUUGCAUGCAAAUUUCACUAUUUUAUUUGACAAAUUUUGCCAUUUACCACGUAUUACACAAAUUAGUUACAUAAUAAUAGAUGGAAUGGCUGGAAUUAUCACAGAGAUUAGUUCUCCAAUAACAGGGUUGCAAGACAUUCGAAAUACACAGUUUGAACAAUAACAGGUUUGCAUUCAACAGACAGACAGACAGACAGACAGACAGACAGACAGACAGACAGACAGACAGACAGACAGACAGACAGACAGACAGACAGACAGACAGACAGACAGACAGACAGACAGACAGACAGACAGAGAGACAGACAGACAGACAGACAGACAGACAGACAGACAGACAGACAGACAGAC